AUGACCAAGCUCCCAGAUUGCUUGCAGCUAAAGUUUCUACAACCAGGGGAUUUGUCCUGGAGACUAUUGACAGCUGAAACCAAUAAAGAGAAACUUCUUAAUACGCAAUUCAAAGGUGACCUCGAACUCAGAAAGCAGGGCAAUGUCUCAACAGAGAUGGAGCCCUUUAAGAAACGGCCCAUCUACAAAGUACCAACCUUCAUUGCAGAUCAAAACAAGAAUGUCUACAGUCCUCAUGCAGUCUCAUUCGGCCCUUACCACCACGGUGAGCCUCCUUUGAAACCAACGGAGUCUCACAAGAAGCGUUCUCUCCUUCAUUUUCUUGAGAAUAGAGCAGAAGUUCAAGUUUCGCCAAAGUGGAAAAAGAGUUGA